AUGCUGAGUGGGCAUAUUGUUAUUCCAGGAGAGAAUUUGAUGGCGCAGGAAACAAUUUUUGGAUGGAUUAUCUUGGGAAAAGUGGGAAAAACUCAAAGCAACUCGAAUCGCGUUUAUACUCACUUCACUCGUUGCGAGGAGUUCGAAGUUCAGAAGUUGUGGGAAUUAGAAGAAAUUCCAAACAAAAAAAUACUCUCCCCUUCAGAACAGGCAUGUGAAAACCAUUUUCACUCCACAUUUACACGUAAUGAUGAGGGUAGGUUUAUCGUAAGGUUACCUGUUCACAAUGAUAAUCUAAAAUUGGGUUCAUCUCGUGAAGUCGCAGAAAAGAGGUUGAUUCAAAAUGAGAAGAGUUUUGUCAAAAAACCCGAAAAAAUGAAAUUAUACAGAGAAUUCAUGCUCGAAUAUGAAAUGUUAGGUCACAUGGAACUGUGUUCAGAAAAUGAUAAUUCAGGAGAACAUUUCUAUCUUCCGCAUCAUGCUGUUAUGAAAUCAUCUCAGUCUUCUUCUAAGUUUCGCGUUGUCUUCGAUGCGUCUGCUAAAUCGUCAAGUGGAGCAUCUCUCAACGACAAGCUUAUGGUAGGUCCAACUUUACAGGACGACAUAGCAACCCUAUUAUUGAGAUUUCGCAAACAUAGAAUCGCUAUGACAAGUGACAUUGUUAAAAUGUAUAGGCAAAUUUUGAUUCAACCGGACGACACACAAUACCAAAAAAUACUCUGGAGACAAUCGUCAGACGAGGAAGUUAAGGAAUUCCGCUUGCUGACAGUCACAUAUGGCACAGCUUCAGCUCCAUAUUUGGCCACGAAAUGUCUGCAACAACUUGCAGUAGAAGAAAGUGAGAAAUUUCCGCACGCGUCUCAAGUAGUUAAAUCAGAUUUUUAUGUAGACGAUCUCAUGACUGGAGCCGAAUCCGUUGAAGAAGCAAUUCAACUGCAACAAGAAAUAAUUGAAAUGUUGAAGCGUGGAGGAUUUGAAAUCAAAAAAUGGUCAUCGAAUGAAGAAUUGGUACUUGAAAAUAUUCCCCCAGAAAGUCGUGCAACAUCUUUGCCUCUGGAAAUUAGAGAUGAUGUUAAGACCCUUGGAGUUCUGUGGAACCCAGCAACAGACACUUUUUCUUUUAGGUGGAACUUACCUCCUGUGUCAGAAUUUUGCAGCAAACGUAUCGUGCUAUCCUUCAUAUCUACAAUUUUCGAUCCUUCUGGAUGGAUUUCUCCCGUUGUUCUUAAAUUCAAGUUGCUUAUUCAACACCUCUGGAAAUUGAAGCUCAGCUGGGACGAAAAUCUUCCACCAGAUUUACAGCUAGAAUGGAAAUCUCUAGUCGAAGACUUAUCUCAACUAAAAGAAAUUAAAGUACCCAGGUACAUUCUUCAACCUUACAGCAACAUCAUAGAACUUCACGGAUUUUGUGAUGCCUCCGAAAAAGCAUACGCGGCUGCAGUAUACAUACGAACGAUUUCGAUGAAUGGCAACAUUAAUGUGCAACUGGUUACUAGCAAGACCAGAGUAUCACCUAUAAAAUUUGUUUCUCUUCCUCGACUUGAACUUUGUGGUGCCUUCUUGUUAGCUAAACUUGUUCGCUUUACGUCUCGAGCGCUACAACUCGAUGCAGUUAAGACAUUAUGCUGGACCGAUUCCACAAUUGUUUUGGGCUGGCUAGCAUCACACUCUAGCCGGUGGAAAACUUUUGUUGCGCAUAGAGUAGAAAAGAUUCAUGAGCUUGUUCCUGAAGCUCUUUGGAACCACGUAGACGGCAAAUUAAAUCCAGCAGACUGUGCCUCACGGGGAAUGACCCUUGAACAAUUGCAGAACUUUCCGCUGUGGUGGCGAGGCCCUGAUUUGUAUUCGCAAGAAGAUAUCUCGCACGAACCAUUUCAGUACAUUGAAACUGAUGAAAUUCUUAGUGAUUUGUCAACAAAUGCCUUCAUAGCUGCUUUUAAACGUUUUAUUUCACGUCGCGGUAAAUGUUCUGACAUUUACAGUGACUGCGGCACUAAUUUUAUUGGUGCAGAGAAGGAACUUGACGAACUUAAUGCAUUGUUCAAAUCACCAAACCAUAAUGAAAAAAUCGCUCAUUACUUAUCUGAUGAAGGUAUCAACUGGCACUUCAACCCACCAGCUGCUCCUCACAUGGGAGGCAUUUGGGAAGCGGGCAUCAAAUCUGUGAAAUUCCAUCUUAAGCGCAUCAUAUCAAACGUGAUAUUAACUUACGAAGAGUUAUACACGAUCAUAGUGCAAGUUGAGGCCUGUCUCAACUCUCGUCCUCUCUCACCUCUGUCCAGUGAUCCAAAUGACCUUUCAGUGCUCACACCAGGACACUUUCUUAUUGGUGGUCCUCUAAACGCUGUUCCAGAAACAGAUUUUACAUCUUCUAAACUCAACCAUCUGACACGCUGGCAGCUGACGCAACGUCUAUUGCAGCACUUCUGGAAGCGUUGGAGUUCCGAGUACGGAGCAACACUGUAUUAA